AUGGCAAGCUUUUAUAGGGGGCUCGAUAGCCCUGGUGGGUCCGGCACGUCAUCUCGUCCAGCCUCACACGCGUCGCCAAUGCGGAAUUUAAGCUCCGCAUCUGGUGGACUCUACGUCAGUGCUCCCGGAAAAAUCAUAUUAUUUGGCGAGCACGCUGUAGUCUAUGGAAGGACGGCAAUUGCCGGAUCAAUCGAUUUGCGCACGUAUGUCUCCCUAUUCACAUCAGCUGAUGGCCGAAUCUACCUGUCAUUGCCGGACUUGGGGGUGGAGAAGACGUGGAUGCUCAAGGAUCUUCUCAGGGCUGGCGAGCGGCUAGCAUCCGAAUACCCCGUCGAAGAGGAUCAAGCUCCCUCGCUAGAAGUGCUAGUUCCUAUCGCGCGAAAACUCUCCGGCUCUUGCGAAGACCAGUGUGGCGUUCAGCACCUGGCCAUUCUCGCCUUUUGGUACCUCCUCCUCGGCGUCGUCCAUCGGAAGAGGGACCUGCUUGCGGUAAAGUGUACGGUACGAUUCAAACUGCCAUCUUGUGUGGGUCUCGGAAGCUCGGGUGCUUAUUGCGUGUGUAUUGCCACUGCUCUUCUUCAAACUGCCGGCCUUAUCCCUCCUCCAUCAAUUCCGACCGACGACGAUGGUACGUUGACGUGGGAGGAAAAAGAUCUGGAUACAAUCCGAAAAUGGGCCACCUCAGCGGAAUCCCUGAUCCAUGGUCGCGCCUCCGGCCUCGAUGCGGCCGUCUGCACCUAUGGAGGUGUCGCCAGCUACAAGCCCGGCACACCCAUUGAGCAUCUCAAAAACUUGCCAGAAUUACGGGUAAUCUUGGUGAACUCAAAAGUGGAGAGGAAUACGUCGAGGAUGGUGCAGACAGUCAAGGAAAGGCUCAAGAAGUUUCCGGAGGUUGUCGAAGCUAUUUUCACGUCCAUAGACGCGAUUUCAAGAGAGGCGGCCAAAAUCUUGCACCGACCGGAAGAAAACGGUGAAGGUGGCCCAAGCGAAAAUGGCGGAUGCUCUGAGCAUGACCACCACUCGCUGCAGCCUACUCGUGGCGGUUCGGUUCGAUCAACAUCGCUGGCUUCGUACGUGGCCGGUGGGAAACGAGGUUCAUCCGCAUCAGCCAUCUCCGCUGCUUCUGAGAGGGGUGAACAUGCCGACACCUUCACCAAGCUCAAUGAUCUAUGCCGUAUCAACAAUCAACUGUUGAUCGGGCUCGGAGUUGGACACCCGAAAGUUGAACAAAUUUGCACGACCCUCGCCAGGUAUGGCAUUCACCCCAAGAUGACUGGCGCUGGUGGCGGUGGAUCAGUGUUCGCCUUUUUGAAGCCUGAUACGCCUCCAACGUUGUUGGAAAUGAUCUCAAACGAACUGUCAAAACUGGGCUAUGAGGUCUGGCAGCCACCGUUGGGCGGCCCAGGAGUGGUCGAGCACUCGCGAAAGCCGGAGCUGUUCCAAACGAAUACGUCUAUGUAUAACACGCCAGUGGCCAAACACAAA